CGUGGCGCUCAUCGUCAUCACCGACACUGCUGGCGAGUCUCCCUCCUCCCGCCGACCGCCGAAUGAGCCGCGCGGACAGGAUGAACGCUUGACGAGGAGGACCCGAACCACAUAACCGUCAUUUGUGAGGAGAGCGAGAGAGAGAAAAAGAGAAACAACCGUUUUUUUUUUUUUUUGUGCUUGGUUGCUCGAGCGCUCGCCUCCAGUGGCGGCGCGGAGGUGGCGACUUUGCCAUGGACCUGCCCGGGGACAUCUUUGUUGCUCUGCUCCUUGUGGGCUGUGCGGUUUCGAUGGAUGUGCAGAUCACACCCAGUCACGGCGAAAUAAGUCUCGGGGAGUCCAAAUUCUUCAUGUGUGAAGUUAUCGGUGCGGCUAAGCACAUAGACUGGUUCGGACCAAGUGGGGACCGGAUAGAAGCCAACAGACCGGACGUCAUAGUGACACGAAACGACGAGUCGUCCUCCACGCUCACGCUGUACAGGGCCGGGACAGAGAACGCCGGGACAUACAAAUGUGUCGCCACCAACGGAGACCAGCAAGGGGAGUCGACAGUUAAUGUCAAAAUAUUCCAGAGAAUUACCUUCACAAAUGCGCCGUCGCCUCAAGAGUACACCGAAGGAGACACCGCCAUCAUCGUGUGUGACGUCAUCAGCUCACCUCCACCGACCGUCCUCUGGAAGUACAAAGGAGCAAAAAUACAGUUGGAAAAAGACGUUCGUUUUAGGGUGCUGAGCAACAACCACCUUCAAAUCCGCGGCAUAAAAAAGACCGACGAGGGCUCCUACACCUGCGAAGGACGCCUGAUGGCCCGCGGCGAGAUUGAUCUCCGGGUCAUCAAGGUCAUCGUGAACGUGCUCCCGACUAUCAGAGUGUGGCAGUCGGAGGUGAAUGCCACCGCAGAUCUGGGCCAGUCUGCCAUGUUGACUUGUGCAGUUGACGGUUAUCCCGAACCCAUGGUGACCUGGACAAGAAACCAAAUGGUUCUUGAGGCGGGGGAGAAGUACAGCUUCAACGAGGACGGCUCCGAAAUGUCCAUCAUGGAUGUCACCAAGCUGGACGAGGGCGAGUACACCUGCAUCGCCAGAAACAAAGCCGGUGAAACUGAACAGGAACUCAGUCUGAGAGUAUUUGCGAAACCUAAGAUCACCUUCAUAGUGAACCAAAGCACCUCCGAAAUGGAGGAGCAGGUGACUCUAACUUGCGAGGCUUCGGGGGACCCCACACCCACCAUCAGCUGGAGUUAUGGUGACCGCGUCUUUACCGACGACGAGCAGGCACACCUAAACAGGAUCUAUCAGGCGUCAUGGACUCGUCCCGAGCAGCACAAGAGUCAGGAUGGAAACGUGGUGGUGAGGAGCGACGCCCGGGUCUCCUCGCUCACGCUAAAGUACGUGAAGUACACGGACGCCGGACAGUACCUGUGCUCAGCACGCAGCGCCAUCGGGGAGGACGAUCAGAUGGCCCAGCUGGAGGUCCGCUAUACCCCGAAGCUCCACGGUGACGUAGCGGUGUACACCUGGGAGGGAAAUGCCGUAAACAUCAGCUGCGUGGUGCAGGCUCACCCCAGCGACGUCACCAUCGCCUGGCUGAGAGACGGACUGAUGCUGCCCAACGAGAACACCAGCAACGUUAAAAUCUUCAGGUCUCCGUCAGCGAGCUACCUCCAGGUAACGCCGCUGUCUGAGAACGACUUUGGGAGUUACAACUGCACUGCGUCCAAUGAGAUGGGCACAGAGUCCAAAGAGUUCCUCCUCAUUCAGGCUGAGGUGCCGUCCUCGCCAUUUGUCAUCGAGGUGACCCCCUUUUCCACCACUGCACUCAUUCAGUUUGAGGAGCCCGAGUCUACCGGAGGUGUUCCUGUCUUGAUGUACAAAGCGGCGUGGAGGAUGCAAGGCAGGGGCAGCUGGUCACAGAAGAUCUACGAUCUUAAAGAUGGUGUCGUCAGCGAGGUGACCAUCACAGACCUGAAACCAGAGACCAACUACGAGGUGAAGAUGUCGGCCAUCAAUGGCAAAGGUGAAGGUGAAAGCUGCCCUGCAGAGUCCUUCAGGACGCUGCCAGUCCGGAUUCCCAAUCCUCCCAAGCUGGAAGCGGCCCUUCAGCCCAUCGGUAAUUCCUUGAAAGUCAGCUGGACCAAGCAGGACGACGGUGGAUUGCCCAUCCACCAUUACCUCAUCCGCUACAAACCAAUUCAGUCCACGCAGUGGAAACAAGAAAUCCGGAUGCCCGACGACAGCGACUACGUGAUUCUAAGGGGACUGGAGUGGGACACGGACUACGACGUCAGCGUGGUGGCGGAGAACCAGAAGGGCAAGUCGCUGCCAGCCAGCAUGGCCGUCAAGACGUCCACUCAGCCGGCCGUCAUCCCAGACUUGGACGAGGACGCCAGGUUUCCGGCGGGCAUCAUGCUGUGGGCGGGCAUCCUGGUGGUGGCGUUUGUGCUCCUGCUCCUGGCCGUGGACGUGACCUGCUACUUUGUCAACAAAUGCGGCCUCAUCAUGUGUCUGUGUGGCAAGUCCGGCUCCGGGGCCAAAGGCAAAGACUUGGAGGAGGGAAAGGCCGCCUUCAUGAAAGAUGAGUCCAAAGAGCCCAUAGUGGAAGUCAGAACAGAGGAGGAGUGCACAGCCAAUCACAACGCAGCAGGACCAACAGAACCAAAUGAGACCACGCCCCUGACAGAACCAGAGCUGGCGGCUUUCACUGGUGCUCUGGCACUGGACACGCUCUCCUCCAUAGCCACCAACUCCGACACGGCCACUGCCACCAAUGACCCCACCCAGGACAGCCCCUCUAGCGAGACCACCACUCUUACAUAUAGCCUGUCCACCCCGGCCAACGACCCCUCGCCCACGCCCAUCUCGGCGCCGGCGCCGAGCCCGGAGAUGAGUCCGGCGCCACCGACUCCCCCCGUCUCCAGGUCCGCCGUCGAGGCUAAGAUUGCGCCGUUAGUCGAGCAGAGACGAAGCGAGUGGCCGGGGGAGGAGGAGGAGGAGGAGAAGAAGACCGAGCCUCCUCAUAGCACCCCGGAAUGGACUAAAGCUCAAAAAUCUGGCACACCUAUACCGCCGAAGCGUAGACACUCUCCUAAACUUGCUGCCCUGAAGGCUAAAGGUAGUCCUCCUGUAUCGCCACUGGCUGUGUCACCGUCACCUUUCACUCCAGACAAGAAACCUGCUCCUAGUCCGCCCGUUUCAGCAGAGCAAAGCGGUCCUUACCCUGAUCCAAACAUGAGCGGGUGUGACCUCGCUGCCUUUGACCAGCCUGUCCAUAAUGCCGCCCCCACACCGCCUUCAGCCAUCCGUAGUGCUCCUAAAGCACCGGAUGCUGAAACGUCCUCCCCUCUUCUCGACAAUGUCUCCUCUCCCUUGUCCCCCCUGCCUGCCAGUGACCUCCCCGCAUCACCGCCAGACAUGUACGACUUCCUGGCCCACGACGCAGGCCUCAAAAACGCGGGUUUCGACUUAGAGCUGAGUAACGGGACCGGGCGACCCUCAGAGAUUCCCGCCGACCUCAUUAGCUUAGAGAGCCCACCCUCUGCCCAAUUCCUGCCCAAUGGCGACGGAGCGGACCUCCCCCUUUCAGACCCAGUUCUGGAUGCGUCAGAGACUUUGGCCAAGACCGGUCCACCUGUCAACGAUGAGUACGGCUCCCUCUAGAGGAAGAUUUUUUCAGACGGGAAGGGCAAACUGGAGGAAGAAUUGUCAAACGCCCUCACUGAGAUGGCGGCGGAGCAACACAACAGUGUGAUACAGACAAAAGGCACGCAGAGCAAAGCUUGAGGAGCUCGGCUAAAACUUCCAACGUCCAAAACAUUUUUUUGUUGCGGCGACGGUGUUCUUUCAUUUCCAGUGCCCUUAAGCGCGCACACACACACACACACACACACACACACACACACACACACACACACACACACGCACACACAGGUUAUCAUUUGUAAUGGGGACCAAGUGUUUGAUCAGACAUUGUGGGGACCAAGUUGUUGAUCAGACAUUGUGGGGACCACCCUUUCUACAGGUUGUGGAGGCAUGAAAAAAAUGGGGUAAAAUGGCCACUGCCCAGUUAGCUCAUACACGUCUUUAAAUCUCUGGAUUGAUGAAGUAAUGUGCUGAUCAGACUUACUGGGGACCCUGGGGAAAAAUAGUUCAUAUGGUUCAGAAUGGAUCUGACUAUCAUUAGAAAAGGUUUCCCUUUAGGGAACUAGUUUUGUUGUCCCCAUACCGUCAGAAGUCCCCUAAAGGUGACUGUGUAAACAGAGCGAUGUCCCCUUUAAGUAAGCAUAGCCAGAACACACACACACAGGUUAUCAUUUUUUAAUGGGGACCAAGUGUUUGAUCAUACCUUGUGGGGACCAGGUUUUUGAUCAGACAUUGUGGGGACCACCCUUUCUACAGGUUGUGGAUGCAUGAAAAAAAAUGGGGUAAAAUGGCCACUGCCCAGUUAGCUCAUACAGGUCUUUAAAUCUCUGGAUUGAUGAAGUAAUGUGCUGAUCAGACUUACUGUGGACACUGGGGAAAAAUAGUUCAUAUGGUUCAGAAUGGAUCUGACUAUCAUUUAAAAAGGUUUCCCUUUAGGGGACCUGUUUUGUUGUCCCCAUACCGUCAGAAGUCGCCUAAAGGUGACUGUGUAAACAGAGCGAUGUCCCCAUUAAGUAAGCAUUGCCAGAACACACACACACACACACACACACACACGUUAUCAUUUGUAAUGGGGACCAAGUGUUUGAUCAGACAUUGUGGGGACCACCCUUUCUACAGGUUGUGGAGGCAUGAAAAAAAUGGCGUAAAAUGGCGUAAAAUGGCCACUGCCCAGUUAGCUCAUACACGUCUUUAAAUCUCUGGAUUGAUGAAGUAAUGUGCUGAUCAGACUUACUGGGGACCCUGGGGGAAAAUAGUUCAUAUGGUUCAGAAUGGAUCUGACUAUCAUUUAAAAAGGCUUCCCUUUAGGGAACUAGUUUUUUGGUCCCCAUACCGUCAGAGGUCCCCUAAAGGUGACUGUGUAAACAGAGCGAUGUCCCCAUUAAGUCAGCAUUGCCAGAACACACACACACACACACACACACACACACACACACACACACACACACACUUGUAUUUCUCACCUUCUUGAGACCUCUGAAAAAUGCCUACCUCUUUAGGACCACACUUUCGAGAUAUAUAAAGAUGUGUAUUUACAACAUUAAUAAUAAAUACAUACUAUACAAAUAUAAAAAAGACUAAUGAAAAAUGAGUUGGACUUUCACAGGAAAAAAGUCACAAUUUCACGAGAAAAACUAAAUUUUUUUAGCAGUAUUAUAACAAAAGUCAUCAUUUUACUCUAGGCAAGUCAAAAUUUUACAAGAAAAACUGAACACUUGUUCAAUAUUAUGAGAAAAGUUGGAAUUUUACUCAAAAACAGUCGCAAUUUUAAAAGUUAAAGUACCUAUGAUUGUCACACACAUACUAGAUGUAGCAAAGUGAUUCUCUGCAUUUGACCCAUCCACUUGAUCACCCCCUGGGAAGUGAGGGGAGCAGUGAGCAGCAGCGGUGCCGCGCCCGGGAAUAAUUUAUGGUGAUUCAACCCCCAAUUCCAAAAGCGUAGAAUUUUUGGCAAUUUUAUGAUAAGAGUCCUAAUAACACUCAACAUAAGUCAAAUUUUUGAAGAAAACUUUAAAAUGCAAUAUUUUAGUUGGCAAAAUUAUGACAAAUGUUAUAAUUUUACUCCAAAAAAAUGUCACUGCUUUAAAAGAACAACACAAAAAAUUGGCAAGAUUGUGAUAAAAGUCAGAAUUUUAUACGACAAAUGUCGCCAUUUUGCAUUAAAAAGUAAGAAUUUUACGAGAAACAGAAAUAAUAUCAGAAAUUGUUCCCAAUGUUAUAAGAAAGAAGUCGACAUAUUGUGAGAAAAAGACUGAAACAUUUUGGAAACUUUACAACAUUUAGUAGAAAACUUUGAAACGUUGGCAAAAUUAUAAUAAUCAAAAUUUUACUUAGCAAAAUUAUGACAAAAGUCAUUAUUUUUGAAAAUGUUUAUUAAUCCCCGAGGGGAAAUUAAGUAUUUCUGAUUCUGAUAAUUUUACUCAAAAAAUGUCACUGUUUUACAAGAACAACACAAAAAAUUGGCAAGAUUUUGAUAAAAGUCUGAAUUUUAUACGACAAAUGUCGCAAUUUUGCAUUAAAAAGUAAGAAUUUUACGAGAAACAGAAAUAAUGUGAGAAAUUGUUCCCAAUGUUAUAAGAAAGAAGUCGACACAUUGUGAGAAAAAGACUGAAAAAUUUUGGAACAUUUACAACAUUUGGUAGAAAACUUUAAAACGUUGGCAAAAUUAUAAUAAUAAUCAAAAUUUUACUUGGCAAAAUUAUGACAAAAGUCAUUAUUUCUGAAAAUGUUUAUUAAUCCCCGAGGGGAAAUCAAGUAUUUCCGAUUCUGAUUCUGAUCAUUUUACUCAAAAAAUUUCACUGUUUUACAAGAACAACACAAAAAAUUGGCAAGACUGUGAAAAAAGCCUGAAUUUUGUACGACAAAUGUCGCCUUUUUUGCAUUAAAAAGUAAGAAUUUUACGAGAAACAGAAAGAAUAGGAGAAAUUGUUCCCAAUGUUAUAAGAAAAAAGUCGACACAUUGUGAGAAAAAGACUGCAAAUUUUUGGAACAUUUACAACAUUUAGUAGAAAACUUUAAAACGUUGGCAAAAUUAUAAUAAUAAUCCAAAUUUUACUUAGCAAAAUUAUGACAAAAGUCAUUAUUUCUGAAAAUGUUUAUUAAUCCCAGAGGGGAAAUCAAGUAUUUCCGAUUCUGAUUCUGAUCAUUUUACUCAAAAAAUGUCACUGUUUUUCACAAGAACAACACAAAAAAUUGGCAAGAUUGUGAUAAAAGUCUGAAUUUUAUACGACAAAUGUCGCAAUUUUGCAUUAAAAAGUAAGAAUUUUACGAGAAAGAAUAGGAGAAAUUGUUCCCAAUGUUAUAAGAAAGAAGUCGACACACUGUGAGAAAAAGACUGAAAAAUUUUGGAACAUUUACAACAUUUAGUAGAAAACUUUAAAACGUUGGCAAAAUUAUAAUAAUAAUCAAAAUUUUACUCAGCAAAAUUAUGACAAAAGUCAUUUAUUUUUGAAAAUGUUUUCUAAUCCCUGAGGGGAAAUUAAGUAUUUCUGAUUCUAAUAAUUUUACUCCAAAAAUGUCACUGUUUUACAACAACAACAAAAUUUGCAAUAUUAUGAUAAAAAGUUCGAAUUUUAUAUGACAAAUGUCGCCAAUUUUGCAUUAAAAAGUUAGCAUACAUAAAGUAGUAAUUUUAUGAGAAAAUAUUGUAAUAUUACAGAAACAUUUUUCCCCAUUUAUUAAGAAAAAAGUCGACACAUUGUGAGAAAAAGACUGCUUUUAGUUAAUUUUUCUUUUUCUUUGUUUAUAAUUGUUUUUUAAUCUUCAUUAUUUACUUCAAGUUACUACAGUAUGUCUUUAUAUACAUAUUUAUUUACUUUCAUUGUUUUAUUUCAAUUUCUUACACACACUUGUUAUUUCAUAUGUUGAACAGAGGGGGAGCACUUUUUAAAACAAACACAGUCAAUUUGAAAAAUCCUUAAUUCUGAUGGAUUUUCUAUUAGAUGCAAUGUUUUUUGGGACCAUGAUUUAUGUCCUGACUUGUUCACACCUCCUCAUAUGGAAGCUACUUUUCCCUGUUGAUGUCUCAAGAAGGGCAGAAAUACAACAACACACACACACACAAACACACACACACACACUUGUCUGGCACGCACUUUGACUUUAAACCCAGGAACUCAAUGUGUAUUUUAUUUUUUUAAUUGUCAUUUUAUUUAACUGGUUGAGAUGAUCAAGAACUUAAAUAAAAAGAUGUGGAAAAUAUUAGAAAGGUGAACAAAUAAUUACCGUAAAUGAUCUUUUGACAGCCCUUUAUUUAGGACCAACAGGAAAUAGGAUUUUGAUCUGGAGAAAAUAAACUAAAGUUGUGAUGAUUUGGAGUGCAUGAGAAAGUAGACAAGAAACACUUAUAAAUGUUAAUUAGUUAUGCGCAAACUGCUUAGUCAGCAAUAGUACCGCAGAGUCGUAGGUAAAGUGAUCAUGAAUUGGACAGAAACAGCUGAGUAGCAACAGUUUUAAGAUAACUAAGUUGCUAACGAUACUUCAAAUGCAGCUACUGCCAUUUUGUAGAGUUAAGAAUGAACGAAGAGGUUGCCUACAGCCACAUCUGUUGACCCAGUUCUAAAAAUUGACGGUAAAUUUCUUUCCGGACCAAACGCUGCUGUGUUUAAAGGCCUACUGAAAUGUGAUGUUCUUAUUUAAAUGGGGAUAGCAGGUCCGUUCUAUGUGUCAUACUUCAUCAUUUUGCGAUAUUGCCAUAUUUUUGCUGAAAGGAUUUAGUAGAGAACAUCCACGAUAAAGUUCGCAACUUUUGGUCGCUGAUAAAAAAAAGACUUGCCUGUACCGGAAGUAGCAGACGAUGUGCGCGUGACGUCACGGGUUGUGGAGCUCCUCACAUCUGAACAUUGUUUACAAUCAUGGCCACCAGCAGCUAGAGCGAUUCGGAACAAGAAAGCAACGAUUUCCCCAUUAAUUUGAGUGAGGAUGAAAGAUUCGUGGAUGAGGAAAUUGAGAGUGAAGGACUAGAAGGAAAAAAAAUACUAUAGAGUGGGAGCGAUUCAGAUGUUAUUAGACAAAUUUACUAGAAUAAUUCUGGAAAAUCUCUCAUCUGCUUAUUGUGUUACUAGUGUUUUAGUGAGUUAUGGUCGUACCCGUACAACCUGAAGGUCAGGCCCGCACCUUUCUUCAGCACCAGUCGACGGGUGGUGGCGAUGCCCAUCUCUGCCCUUCGCAAGCGACCCUCUUCGAAACACGAUCGCUGCAUAAUUAACUGUACUUUGUGUGUGUGGGGCGGUAUAGCUCGGUUGGUAGAGUGGCCGUGCCAGCAACUUGAGGGUUGCAGGUUCGAUUCCCGCUUCCGCCAUCCUAGUCACUGCUGUUGUGUCCUUGGGCAAGACACUUUACCCACCUGCUCCCAGUGCCACCCACACUGGUUUAAAUGUAACUUAGAUAUUGGGUUUCACUAUGUAAAGCGCUUUGAGUCACUAGAGAAAAGCGCUAUAUAAAUAUAAUUCACUUCACAAUCCAACCGUGUUCGCUUGACCGCUCUGUUCCAUAGUAAAGCUUCAUCGUCAUCUUUCGGGAAUGUAAAUAAUGAAACACUGGCCGUGUAUGUGUUGCUAAAGCCGGCCGCAAUACGCCGCUUCCCACCUACAGCUUUCUUCUUCGACGUCUCCAUUAUUCAGUGAACAAACUGCAAAAGAUUCGCCGACACAGAUGUCCAUGAUACUGUGGAAAUAUGCGAUGAAAAUAGACGACUUAAAGCUGUGAACGGUGCCGGAACAAAAUGUCCUCCACAAUGCAUGACGUCACUUCCGCGGGAAAUUUAAAAUUGCAAUUUAGUAAACUAAAAAGGCCGUAUUGGCAUGUGUUGCAAUGUUGAUAUUUCAUCAUUGAUAUAUAAACUAUCAGACUGCGUGGUGGGUAGUAGUGGCUUUCAGUGGGCCUUUAACUGAAUAAAGGUGCUAACUGGAGCAUUUACGGUAAAUAACUGAGUUUUUCUUUGCUUUGGUUUCCACUCCGAGGCUUGUCUGUGCAUGUUUGACCUGCCACCGCUCGUUUUACGGGUUCCCGUCAUCAGACACACGUUUCAUGGCCACGACGUCUGAAACCCCCACGUCUCUUGUCACUGCCUCACCAGCGUUGGUCGUUUUGACUGAAACACACACAACCACACACACACCCACACGCACACAAAAACCACACACACACACACACGCGGAAAAAAAAAAGUUGCGACCCUCAGCCGAGCGAGCGUUGUAUGUUUCCUGGCAGGGGCGACUUCCUCGCACGAAGCAACAAAGACAAAAAAAAAAAAGUUUUUGUACUAUUUAACAUUCCCGUUCCUGCCUGCAAGCUUGUGCUCUGUGCCUGUGUGUGGGUCGAUUGUCUCGUCAGCGGUUUCUAUGAUAAAUCUGCAUAGCUUUGUCGUGAGAGAACUAGCGUCUUGUUUUUUUAUAUAUAUAUGAAUAUAUGUAUAAAUAUAUACUGUAUAUUAAACAUGUAUUAUUGGAAGAAGUGGACUAAUUCUAAGGAGGUGUCCCAGUCUUAUUGUGAAGGAGCAUGACUCAUCAGCACCCUCACUUCCUGUCGGCUCAUUUUCAUUUGAGCGGUGUUGUUAAGACUUUUUCUUUCCUCCUUCAAAUGUUCUGUAAAGUGUGUGUUCCCCCCCCGACCUCCAACUCCAAUAUGUGUAGAAACUGCUUGUCAGAAGUUAGCAGGGUGGUCACAAGAUAGUCCAUGCUUUUCAACCGACCACCUUGCUGCCUCUUUUUAUUGAGUCAGUCUUGAGUGCUAACCCAUUUUCAAAAUAAAACAUGGAUUGUCAAUCUAAA